AUGUCGCCGUUCCAGCAGCGCGCGACGCACCACAUGUUCCGCAGCUGGCUGUUCAACGGGUAUCGCCGCCUGUCGGGGCAGAUGCCCUACUGGAUCGUGCCCGCCCUCAUCGGUGUGUCCCACCUUUUCCCGCUGUCGCCCGCGCUCACUCCACCCGUCUCUUCCGUUUUUGCAUCUCGACCGCUGGCUGUGCGCUUGCGUGGAAUGCGAUAA